UUGACACACUUAAGACGAAUGCACCUCUAUUUGACUCUAUACGCAAGCGAAAAUAAUACACACUAGCUUAGUCUGUAACUAAUAAUAUCAAAGAAUGGAGUUAUCUGUGAAUAAAGUAAAACUUUCAUCCUUUUUUCUGGCCUUGUUAUCAUUCGUGUUUAUUUUUCGCACUAUCAAUUGCAUUCGUUCCAAACGAACACUUGCUUUCACAAAUGGAAAUUCAUUUGGAUACUUAGCUGCUGUCGCAAUUCCUGUCGAUCUACCAGAUCGAAAUAUUUACGUUGCAUUCAACUUAGAAACCAAUUAUGGAUUACCUCCAAAUGACACACACUACAAUCUUAUCAAAAAGUGGAAUUUAAAUGGAAUGUUUAGUGAUAUUAGUAAUAGUGUUACGAAUGUUGAAAGUGCUCGUCAGCAGCGUUCAUUACACACUAGAAAGAACUUCUAUCGAAGCGUUAUAGGUUACAUGGAACAUUAUGGGUUAAAUGGGGCCUAUUGCCUUUUGCGCACCAUUUGCGAAGUUGCCGAAUCAAGCCUUAAUGAUUCCAAUGGUGUUAUAGGAAGUAUUAUGCAUGUGCUUUUUAUGCCAACUUCGUCAGUGGAGGAAAAUAUUUCACAAGCAUUUUAUAAAGCAGAAGAUCUUGGCAUUAAACAUAAAUGUAAUACCUACGAAAGUAAAUGCACAUAUAGUUUUCUAAAUAAGAUUUCUGUAUUACUUUAAAUGUACAGUUUGAAAAACCACAAAUAAAAUAAAAUUAUCUGCAAGUGUACCAAAUAAAAUCAAUGCAUAAAUUGUAUGCAUUUUAAAUGAAUAUCAUCUUAAUGUUUUAUAUUAUA